GCGCGGUCUCGAAAAGUUUAGGACACGUCUGCUUGGUUUGCUUGCUCCCCUUGCGAACUUCAAAUAUGUAAAUUCAAUGCCGAGAACCUUUGAUUCUUCAUCGGUCCUCUUCUUUUCUUUCCAUUGACUCUUCUCUCGCCAUCUCUUUAAUUCAUAAUUCUCUCUCCCUGUGACGACAGCACGUUCCUUGGCUGAAGGGCGACCUUCACGACAGCCCGGUGAUCGCUCCUCACAUCCACCUUCGGCAUGGCUACCCCAACCCCCAGCCUGCGCCAUCGAGGCGGGAAGGAGAAGAGCAAGGCUUUGGUCGACGGCGAUCGAGAUGAGCACAUUCUAUCUCAGGCCUAUGCGGAAGUGCACAAGACAGCUUCCAAAGAAUGGGACUACAAACUUGCCCUGGGGGUGAUUACCCUGCUUGCUUUCGCUACUCGGUUCUUCGGUAUCAGCCACCCCAACGAGGUCGUCUUUGACGAAGUCCACUUUGGCAAGUUCGCAUCCUAUUAUCUGCAGAGAACCUACUUCUUCGACGUGCAUCCUCCGUUCGGCAAACUCCUCUUCGCUUUCGUCGGCUGGUUGGUGGGCUACGAUGGACAUUUCCUCUUUGACAACAUUGGAGAAUCCUACAUCACCAACAAUGUGCCAUAUCUUGCGUUCCGAGCUCUGCCUGCGCUCCUCGGAGCUCUGACCGUUGUCGUGACCUACUUGAUCAUGUGGGAAUCAGGCUAUUCUCUCCCGGCUUGUGUCCUGGCGGCAGGAUUGGUCCUGUUCGACAACUCGCAUGUUGGCCAGACCCGCCUGAUCCUGCUUGACGCAACCCUUGUCUUCUUCAUGGCACUGAGCGUCUUGUCCUACGUCAAAUUCUACAAACAACGCCACGAACCAUUCACCCGGAAAUGGUGGAAAUGGCUUCUGCUGACCGGCUUCUGCAUGAGCUGUGUCAUUUCCACAAAAUACGUUGGAGCCUUCACAUUCUUCACCAUUGGAUGCGCUGUUCUGAUUGACUUGUGGGAUUUAUUGGACAUCAACCGCAAAGGCGGACCUCUCGACUUGAUGACUUUUGGAAAGCACUUCGUUGCUCGCGCUGUCGGGCUGAUCAUCAUCCCUUUUUUCUUUUACCUGUUCUGGUUUCAGGUGCAUUUCGCCGUUCUCACACGGUCCGGCCCAGGCGACGACUUCAUGACCCCUGAAUUCCAGGAGACACUCAGUGACAACCUGAUGCAUCAAGCCUCCAUCGACAUUCAAUACUAUGACUAUAUCACCCUUCGGCAUAAAGAUACGAAGGUAUACCUGCACAGUCAUCCUGACAAAUACCCCCUUCGCUAUGAGGACGGCCGUGUUUCCAGCCAGGGACAACAGGUCACUGGCUAUCCAUUCAAUGAUACCAACAAUCAGUGGCAGAUUUUGCCAGAUACUCCUACUCCAGAUGCUUCUCAGUCAGGUCGACCUGUAUUGAACGGUGACGUCGUCAAGCUGCGUCACAUUGUGACUGAUACUAUGCUCCUAACGCACGAUGUGGCAUCCCCAUACUAUCCCACAAAUCAAGAGUUUACCACCGUGCCUCUCGACCUUGCAGCUGGUGACCGGCACAACGACACUUUGUUCGAGAUCCGAAUGGAACAGGGAAAGAAAGGCCAGCCAUUCAAGUCCCACUCUGGCCAAUUCAAGCUCAUCCACUAUCCAACCAAGGUCGCCAUGUGGACUCACACCACGCCACUUCCAGAAUGGGCGUUCAAACAGGCCGAGAUCAAUGGGAACAAGAACGUUCAGCAGUCCAGCAACAUCUGGUAUGUUGACGACAUUCCAAAUAUUCCCGCGGAUUCGCCUAGAUUGAUCAAAGAGCCUAAGAAGGUCAAAUCUCUGCCAUUCUUCAGCAAAUACAUUGAGUUGCAGCGAGCCAUGUUCUACCAUAAUAACGCCUUGACCGCAAGUCAUCCGUACGCCUCCCAGCCAUAUCAAUGGCCCUUCUUGCUGAGAGGUGUGAGCUUCUGGACUCAGGAAAGUACAAAACAACAGAUCUACUUCCUCGGGAACCCCAUCGGCUACUGGAUCACUUCUGCUCUGCUUGCCGUUUUAGCCGGCAUCAUGGGAGCGGAUCAACUGAGUCUGAGACGUGGAGUCGAUGCUCUCGACCGACGCACGCGCUCUCGUCUGUACAACAGUACUGGAUUUUUUUUCCUGUGCUGGGCAGCGCACUAUUUCCCAUUCUACCUGAUGGGUCGUCAACUUUUCUUGCACCACUACUUGCCCGCCCACUUGGCCUCCUGCCUCGUGACUGGCGCUUUGGUCGAAUUCAUAUUCAAUGUCGACCCUGUGCUUGACGACGAGACCUCGGCCACUAUCGCAGCCAAGAAAGACAAAGUCACCAGCAGGGUGCCUGAGAAGGCUAGACGUUCAUUCCACACGGCGCAGGAACGGCUCAAGGGUCAAAGCAUGUUUGCAACUUGGGUGGCCUCGGGUGUCGUGUUGGCCGUUGUCGUUUACGGAUUCUACUUCUUCUUCCCCCUCACAUAUGGCUGGCCCGGCUUGACGCCUCAGCAGGUCAAUGCCCGGAAAUGGCUCGGAUAUGACUUACACUUCGCUAAGUGAGGGGGAAGAAGUACACCUCUGCAGCUGCAACGCCAGACUGAUGUGGCGCAAGUCCGGUCUGACCCAGGUGCGAUGCAUGCGCAGUGGAGGAUGGAUAAAGGGUUAAGAAGCUGCUGAAGGGGAUGGAGGCGACUUCCCAAAGAAGUCAAAUGACACUGCGAAACAGAGGCCAGAUUUCUGCCCGGCAGAAAAGGGGUUCGCCAUUGGACGGACCGGAGCGCCCUGGUCAUGCCGGACGUAGUACAAGGCUCCCAAAGGUCCGAGGGCCUAGAGAACUCUGGCCAGGCCGCGAGUUGGUUGACUUGGGACUCUGCCUAAGGUAUGUGGACAAGUGUUCGAAGUCCAUCAGCCCUCGCAGCCUGGCUUGUGGAAGGGCAGGUGGGCGAGAAAUUGAUAACAUUUGUACGUCACAUGGAUUCUAUGCCUCAUUCGAGUCUAGUGUAUGUCGACACCUGAUUGGAUCUUCACCUACCGUCAUCUAUCCUGUCCUUCGCUGCUAUCUUCUUCUGUCGGGCCGUCUUCCUAUUUGCAUCGCCUCAUCUUCCCAUGUCCAUGUGACAACAACAAGCCGAAGGACCUCCAGAUAGUGCUGUCUGCAAACUGUUAGAACCCACCACACAUUUCCGGCCCGGCAAGGAAUUCGCUCAAGCCGGUGAAUGAAGCCAG